AAGAAAGUAAUAAAAAAAAAAAAACUCUAAUAGAAAAAAAUCUCUCAAGAACAGAGAGACAUGAUUUGAGAUUUAAAAAAGCUCCCAAAUUUUUUCCAACAGAUUAGAUCUCAAAAAUCAGAUUUAAUCUCUUCAAAAUUCGUCAUGAAAUCGAUGCACAGAGCUCCACUAAUCUCCUCAUCAUCAUCAUCCUCCUCCUCUUCAACCAACUCUUUCGUCUCAAGACUUCUUCUCCUAUUAACUCUACUCCCAGUCUCCCUCGCCUGCCUCGCCUUCAUCCUCCAAUGGCGAGGCGGUGGCCUCGCCGAUCCCGCCUCCGCUUCCAUCACCUCCUCAACCUCCGUCCCUGGCGUCGUCGGCGGCAGCGGCUCCGAUCUCAACCACGAGGUGUUUCCAGGGAUGGAGACUGUCUCAUCCGUCUCACCUAAAGCUCACCAAUCUUCUUCAUCCGAUUGCUCGAAUCUAGCGAGAAGCUCUUCUCCUUCUUUUCCUUAUUAUGGUGAUUGGAAGUUCGGUGUUGAUUCUAAUCUAAAGCCUAAGAUAUGUAUCACCACUAGUACAUCAGCAGGAUUGGAUCAGAUUUUGCCGUGGAUGUUUUACCAUAAGGUUUUAGGUGUGUCCACGUUUUUUCUUUUCGUUGAAGGGAAAGCUGCUACGCCGAGUAUAUCUAAAGUGCUCGAGUCUAUUCCUGGGGUUAAGGUGAUAUACAGGACAAAAGAGCUGGAGGAGAAGCAGGCAAAGAGUCGGAUUUGGAAUGAGACGUGGCUAUCUUCUUUCUUUUACAAGCCAUGCAAUUAUGAGUUAUUUGUCAAGCAAUCUCUCAACAUGGAAAUGGCUAUUGUCAUGGCUAGGGAUGCGGGCAUGGAUUGGAUACUCCAUCUAGACACAGAUGAGCUGAUAUAUCCAGCAGGUGCUCGUGAGUACUCAUUGAGACGGUUGCUUCUUGAUGUUCCUCCUAAUGUGGAUAUGGUUAUAUUUCCAAAUUAUGAAAGCAGCGUGGAAAGAGAUGAUAUCAAGGAUCCUUUUACAGAGGUGUCAAUGUUUAAAAAGAACUAUGACCAUCUUCCAAAAGAUACAUAUUUUGGAAUGUAUAAAGAAGCAACACGAAAUAAUCCAAACUACUUCUUGACUUAUGGUAACGGCAAAUCAGUUGCUCGGGUUCAAGACCACCUCAGACCAAAUGGAGCACACAGAUGGCAUAACUACAUGAAAACUCCCAAUGAGAUAAAAUUGGAGGAGGCUGCUGUCUUACACUACACAUAUGCCAAGUUUUCUGACUUGACAUCGAGGCGUGAUCGUUGUGGCUGCAAGCCUACAAAAGAAGACGUGAAAAGAUGCUUUAUGUUGGAUUUCGAUAGAUCUGCAUUUAUAAUUGCGUCAACAGCUACUGAAGAUGAAAUGAUAAGCUGGUACCGUGAACACGUUGUGUGGGGCGACAAAGAGGUGAAGAUGAAACUCCUUAGGAAGGGAAUCCUGACUCGAAUUUAUUCACCAAUGGUUGUUAUACAAGCAUUGAAAGAGUCUGGUGUUUUCAGCUCGGUUGUCUCAUCAGCUUCAUCAAAUCUUUCCAAAAAACAGUUGUUAGCAUCAAUGAACAAAAGCAACUCCUCAUCCGAGUCCAUUCCUUCAAAGGACAAGGAAUCUCAGGGCAUCUCUGCAAGGCACCUUCUAGGGACUGAAUCAGCUGUCCCUCCUCUAUCACCUCCUGGGAUGGAACAAGCUAGACUUGUCACAGAGGAUUAACAGAUUUUAGCAUCGAGAGCUGAUGAUGCUUCCUCCUCCUUACUGAGUGAUAUUAUUACUCGAUGCAAUACUAGUUCUGUGUAGCUUUAGGAGGGUAGUGGAGAAAAAGCCGGCUUGUAUGAUUUUUUGUUUUGGAUAUAUGUUCCCCGAGAUUUGGAGUUGAUUAUAGUGUGGAAAUAUAUAUUUGUUUUUGCCAUAUAUUCAACUUUGAAUUUAGCAUAUGCUUCAAAAGGGUGGUAGUAGGUGUGUUUGUUGUAGCUAUAAGCUUCAUUUUGAAGGAGUAAAGGAUAAUAA